ACAUUAAUAGGCUGAUGAUGAUGAACCUGUCAUUACGAACCUUGAGAUACAAAAAAGUAGUCGUUUAUUUUCUUAAUAAAUAUUAUAAGUAUUUAAUAAAAUCUUAUGAUUUCAAUGUAUAAAAAUUAUACUUUAAAUAAUAUGAUGAAAAUUAACAUAAUGAAAUAAGAGAACGUAAUAAUAUCUACCUCUCAAAUCAAUAACUCCAAUAGAACCAUGCGGAUAUAAAGUUAAAUACUUCGCGUGUUUAUGGUGUGUUGCCAAUCUAGCAGCAAGGGCAAUAUGUUGGCAACGUCACCACACAAGUACUGCACCACAAUCACAUUUUGCUUUCACCUCUGCACAGAGCGACACACAAUAUUUAAGCAACCGGUAGCGACUCGCGGCUAGAAAUUUAACCAAGGAAAAACGGUACACAUCAAAUUUUCCCGCGCACUUCCACGUCAAUGUCAGUUUACGUAAACUCUGUUUGGCCGCCCGCACAAAUCACAACUUUAUUUACUAUGCCUCUUAAUUAGGUCAGUUGAGUUAAUUAGACUUCAACUACGCUAAGAAAAGUGGCUGUCGCAAGAAUGAUUGUAAUUAAUCGAUCAGUCUCAUUUUUUUUUCGACGUACACUUGCCUGGUCGCGAUCGCGAAUAAACUUCACAUCAUAAUACAUCACGUCAAAUAGCAAAGCAAAAGCACAUGGUAGAGGCGAGCAGAGAAGUAAACAUUAUAAGCGACAUCUAGUGGCACACUGAGUAAUCUCCUUUCGCGACUGCUUUACCAACAGUGCAGGAAAACUCUUGAAUGAAAUUGUAGAUUGUAGAGGAAAAAUUUUAAUGACUCCAUUGCAAGAAGGCUUAUCAGAACUAAUUUGCUAUAUCGGCUAUUUAAUUUAACUGGUCAUUUGCUUGAGUGUUUGUAAUAAAGUUGAAAAAUGGUCGAGAACAUAUAUUUUGAUGUGAUAUUUUCAAGUGCAUCUAAUCGGAGACAAUUAAUUUUAGAUCAAUCAAUGACUUUUUCAACAAAAUAAAAGGAAAAAUAAUAAUGAAUAUAUUUCUUCAUAGAUUAAAUUUUCGUGAAAAAUUUAAGCAUAUUACACAGUUUUCUUGGGGAACAUAUGUACUAAUUUUGGAUAGACACGGCUAUUAAGAUUCAAAUACAAAUUUUCAUUUAAUUAAUUUCAUACAAAUCUAAAAAAUGCCACCGAAAGUAAAAGAAGCUGUCCCCAAAAAACCGCCACCUCCAGUUAUACGACCACCUAUCAGCGAGUCCAGUCUUGUGCAUGUUCCUGACGACGCAGUUGAAGGUUAUCAGGAGCGUUUAGAAAAGGGCAUCGAAUGGACACUUAUUGAAAAGGCAGCUAAACACCAUAAUGAAUUAUCCUCUAGACCUGGAAUAAGAACAAGAACAUUCGCCGUGGCUCUUCAGAAUAAAAUUAAUCAAAGUAUCCUGAGUGGUUUUCUCAACCAAGAAUCCGACAUCACUUUAGAACAGCAGUGGGAAUUGUUACCUAUCACCCUAUGGGAUAACGAAAAGUUUGCAAAUGAAGAAGCCAAAAUAUGUUUUGAAAACAGAAAUAAUAUAACUAACGAUCUGAUAAAACUUAUCAAGAAAGCCGUGAAGUCUGGCGACAGUGAAGUUCUGAAGCGAGAAUUGAAAUUAAUAAGUAUUCUAAGAGUAAACGAUGCACAGAUGACGGAAAUAGAUGAAAGCUUACUUGAGUACAAGAAUGUAGUUAGCCUAAGCUUAUGUGGUAAUUUCCUGAGCAACCUAAAUGGGCAACUCAUUCCUACCGGAGUAAAGACACUCGAGUUGCAGUUCAACAGAAUGAGUAACUUAGAGGCAUUUGUGGAAUAUUUACCAACUGAACUUCUGUAUCUGGGACUCGCAAGAAACUUAUUGACAAAUGAGUUCAUUGAACCAUUAGCACGUCUUCCAUACCAAAUCACAGUACUGGAUUUGUCUGACAACGACAUCUAUCAUUUGGUGCCGUUACUAAAUACCUUGGCGAUGCUGCCGAACUUACAAGCAUUGCUACUUGUAGGAAACCCAUGUGCGGUGUGCCAUGGAUACGCCCGAACAACCCUGAUGCGACUACCACUACUAAAAUGGCUGGAUAGCCGCCAAAUAAUGGCUACAGACAGGUCGGAGGAACCCUUCGAGCCACACCCUGAUGACCUAAGGGCAGCCUUUUUCACAUUUACCGUGUUCAGAAUCAUGUCAGCGCCACAGCCACCAAAGCCUGAGAAGGGGGCAGUGACAACAUUCCACGUGGAACUGGAGCUGCCACUACUUGAUGCCACACGACGCAAAUUCCUCUUGUUUCGUAACCACGAGUCCUUGGUGGAAAUGCUACCACCCCCCGAGGACGGUGACUGGGACGAUGUGAAGAUGCCCUCCGCUAUUCUCAAUAGCAAGAUUGUUUUAGAUCCUGAACAAUCCUCUCAUGAAUCUGACAUCUACAAGAACCUAACCACUAAGAACUCUAGAGAGAUUUUACACUACACCAUCUUCGAGACCAACAAGGUGCAGUGGAACAAAGUGAUAAACUUCCAGGAGCCAGCUGUUAAGAUCUUCUGUCCAGAUUUGACAGCACUGAGGGACACUUUCAGGACUGUCAUCACCCUGCGGUUGAUUUAUUCCGUGACCGUAACAGGGAAGCAAGGUAAACCAGACAAGAAGAGCUCUCACUCAAUGAAACCAUCAUCUGAACACAGGGUGACACUGGCGACUAUCAAGUGUGCCCUUCGACAACCAGACUGGAGUCAACCCUCUCAGCAUUUUCACUGGGAUGAUUCUCUUGGCACAAACGAUGCCAUACAUUGGGGCGAUGGAGACCUAUCAGUUCUCCAAUACAGUCAGGCACCAGUGAAAGUAACGAAAGGUAAACAAGAUACUGAUGUGGGGCCGUCUUCAAGACAACUACCACCUGAUAAUCUGACUUGUCACUUCGGUUUUGGUAUCGAAACACUAAGAGCUUAAUUUUACACAAAAUUAAAUACUCUACAGAAGCAAAAUCUUUUUAUUAAUUUUGUUGACUGUAUGUAUGUAAUAUAUUUAUUCAUAAAAAGUU